AUGGCUACAGCUGUGAUGAAACCUGUUGGAGGAGGUCCCGUGGGUGCUGGUGGGGGGGCCCCUCGACGGGGGUGGUCUCUGGAAGACUUCGAGAUCGGGCGGCGCCUUGGACAAGGAAAGUUCGGCAGGGUGUACCUUGCCAGGGAGAAGACUUCCGGCUACGUCACGGCCAUCAAGGUUCUGCAAAAGAAGCAGCUGUCCAAGUCCGGCGUGGAGCACCAGCUGCGACGGGAGAUCGAGAUUCAAUCGCACCUCCGACACCGCAAUAUCCUUCGCAUGCUCGGGUUCUUUUACGACCACAAGAGGAUCUACCUCAUCCUCGAGCUGGCGAGUGGGGGAGAGCUUUACAACUCCCUAGUUGAGGCUGGCUGCUUCGGGGAGCGGCGCGCAGCCCAGUACGUCAAAGAGGUCGCGGACGCUCUGAGCUACUGCCACUCCAAGCACGUCAUCCACCGCGACAUCAAGCCUGAGAACCUCCUAGUCGGUCAUAACGGAGAGCUGAAGAUCGCGGACUUCGGGUGGUCGGUGCACGCCCCGUCCAAUAGGCGCCAGACGUUCUGCGGCACCCUCGACUACCUGCCCCCGGAGAUGGUUGAGGGAAAGGAGCACAACGAGGCGGUCGACAUCUGGGCCCUGGGAGUGCUCAUGUACGAGCUCCUUGUGGGCAACCCGCCUUUCGAUGCUCAGGGACACAGCGCCACCUACAGACGGAUCAUCAACGUCGACCUACGAUACCCCUCGCACGUGACACCGGAGGCGCGCGAUCUGAUUGGCCGGCUGAUCCGCAAGAAGCCCUCGGACCGUCUGCCCCUGGAGAGGGUGCCCCAACACCCUUGGAUCGUUAAGUUCACCUCCAACUAAGCUAGGCCCUACCGGGGCAGGGUUUGGCGGGUGGGUCCGGGCCCCUUCGGGCACAUGCAUGCAUGGGGGAGAGAACAAUGCCGUCUUCUUCCGGGAAGGGGCAUUAGGGUUACCUUCCUUACCUUGUGGUCUUGGACCCCCGGGGCACGCAGCCGGUAUGCUUGGGUGUGUAUCGUCAUCGUAUCCGACGGUUUGAAACCGUCGAACUUCUGCUAUUCUCGGCUUGGUAUUAUCUUGACCUCCUGUCCUCUUGGGAGUUUGUGGUGGUAAAUACCAUCGCCUCAACUCCUUACAAUAGCCGCUUCGACGACCGAGCGAUAGCAGCCGUUGUGGCUCGAGUGAUGCGUUUGAUAUAUUCCCCGGCUGACAGGUGCUACAGUGAGUUGUACGCGGACUACCGUAGCUCCAGUUCUUCUAGUGCUCUCGUUUUUUAGUCCAUCGGAAGUGAAUUUCACACGUACAGUGGUCGGAGCGUUGAUUCGCUGUCUAAGGGCCGAGUGAGAAUAAGACCGCUACUCGAGUUGAAUGUCGAUCGAAUGCAGCGCCUUGGCAGUGCCAGGUAGCGUUGUCGCUUUGUAGUUCCUAACAUGAACACGUAUCAAUACAUUUAGCUUGCUCGCACUGUAUCAUGAUUUAGUUCACAUGGUGCUUUGAGGGGAAGAGGGACAAACGGGGUGCAGUGUUUUGCGAUAAAGAACCCCUGGCAUGCAGUAUAUAGGUGCGGCGAACUGAACGUAGGUACAGCAGUAAAUUGUGUGUUUGCUUUGCCAGAGGGUUGGUUCACGAGAGAUGCACGAAGGAGGAGCCGCGCCCAGUUGAUCGACUCUUCUUUAUCUUGCUUUAUUUGUCGUUUCUUUAGCUGGAUUGGUUUUGGUUGUAUAUAGUGUUUGCUGCAAGUACUUUGUAGAAAUCGCGAAGUAGACUACGGGCAGUCGUUGGAAAUGCGUACAACGAAUUGAAGAUAAUUUGUAGAAAUCGCGAAGUAGACUACGGGCAGUAGUUGGAAAAUGCGUACAACGAAUUGAAGAUAAGUUACCUCGAGAAUUUCUCAAGCAAGUGCAAGUCUCGUGCAAGGAU